UCCCUUCUUUCUCGCUAGGGUUUAUAUCUAAAGCUCAUAAUUAGAUUCAACGGUUUCAGCGUUUCCGAUCCGUAAUUUGAAUCCAAUAUGGAAGGAGGAGGUAGUUUGGACUCGCAAAUAGAGUCUUUGUUGAAUGUGGAGAAGCAAAUGAGACUUAAUGGCGAUGUAGCCGGUACAAAGAAGGCCGCGGUUGAUAUUCUUCAACUUUGCUUCGAGGCUCGUGCUUGGAAGACACUUAAUGAUCAAAUUGUUGUAUUGUCGAAGCGGCGUGGUCAGUUGAAGCAGGCUGUCACGGCCAUGGUCCAACAAGCAAUGCAGUAUAUCGAUGGGACACCAGAUAUUGAAACUAAGAUUGAGCUCAUCAAAACACUAAACAGUGUUUCGGCGGGGAAGAUUUAUGUAGAGAUUGAGAGAGCCCGAUUGAUUAAGAGACUAGCUAAGAUUAAGGAGGAGCAGGGGGAAAUAGCCGAGGCUGCUGAUUUGAUGCAAGAAAUUGCGGUGGAAACUUUUGGUGCAAUGGCAAAAACCGAAAAGAUUGCUUUCAUUCUGGAACAAGUUCGGUUGUGUUUAGACCGCCAGGAUUAUGUGCGUGCACAAAUACUUUCCAGGAAGAUCAGCCCUAGAGUUUUUGAUGCUGAUCCUUCGAAAGAAAAGAAGAAGCCGAAAGAAGGUGAGAGUAUUGUGGAAGAGGCCCCUGCUGAUAUACCAUCAUUGCUGGAACUGAAGCGAAUUUACUAUGGACUAAUGAUACGAUACUACUCACACAGCAAUGACUACCUUGAAAUUUGUCGAUGCUACAAAUCGAUAUAUGAAGUCCCUUCUGUCAAGGAAGACCCUUCUCAGUGGAUACCAGUUUUGAGGAAAAUUUGCUGGUAUUUGGUACUGUCACCACAUGAUCCUAUGCAGUCCAGCCUUUUGAACUCUACCUUAGAGGAUAAAAAUCUCUCAGAAAUUCCUCAUUUUAGGUCUUUGCUAAAACAAGUGAUCACAAUGGAAGUGAUUCAGUGGACCGCUUUGUGGAAUACAUUUAAGGAGGAGUUUGAAAAUGAAAAGAACAUGCUAGGCGGCUCUUUGGGCGACAAAGCUGCUGAGGAUCUUAGGGAGAGAAUAAUCGAGCAUAAUAUCCUAGUUGUCUCAAAGUACUAUGCACGGAUCACAGUAAAACGACUCGCUGAGCUGCUGUGUCUGACUGUCGAGGAAGCGAUAAAGCAUCUUUCUGAUAUGGUGGUAUCGAAAGCACUUGUAGCAAAGGUAGACAGACCAAUGGGUGUCGUCUGUUUCCAGAGUGCCAAAGACAGCAACGACAUUCUAAAUUCGUGGGCAACCAACUUGGAGAAGCUGCUGGAUCUGGUCGAGAAAAGUUGUCACCAAAUCCACAAGGAAACCAUGGUUCACAAAGCUGCCUUGAAAGUAUGAAUAUCAAAAAGAGCACUUAAAAGUUGGUUUGGUGUGUUUUUCUACAUCAAACGACAGAAUGCCGAUACGGAGAUCGUAUUGCAUUUCGUAUUCUUCGUUGUUUUAGUUUUGAUUUUUAAUUUUCUUUGUGAUUAUCAUUAAGUUGGUGGUGGUGAAUCAGAAAUACUGAUGCCAGAUUUCAUGUAAUUGUGUUGUACCUUGUUGGAUACUGUUGUGAACCAUGCUAUUGCCUUUGGGUUUCCCCUUAGAUUUUGAUU